CUUAAAAAAGCGUCUGUCAAAAAUCGCUUUGAUUAUCUCUUCGAUAUGAACAAGAAGUCAAGAGGCCCGAAUGCAGAAGACUGCGCACAUAUACUGCACUGUGUCGCAAAUAAUAGCAAAGAGGACCGGAGAAAAAGAGAACCGAAAAACGCACGACUAUCUAUCAAUAGCAACCUCCCAGCACAACUCUGCUCUUGGACAAUAUAUAAAAUCAUCAUGACUUCUGCCCCUCCCGCCGCCACCACCAUCGGUAGCACAACUUGCCUCGAUCAUGUUGCUUUGUCGUCCUCCGUGACCACGUGUCUCUCCUUUCUCGCGACUGCAGGUCCUGCGUCUUUAUGCUGCAUCGGAGCUACAGGGACCGCAAGUGGAGCAACCACGCGGGGGCAAACGACAAGCAAAACUCCGAUUUACGCCGUGCGUUAUCAUGGUGGCCUGCCCAUGCUGUACGACAUCAACGAUGAAGGAAGUGGACUAGGUGCGCUGUUUUACAUACUAUUGUUAGUACUACAUACAACGGAAAUCGUUGUACUCGUCCAUAAAAAGUAUCGUGAAGAUGGUUUUGGUUAUGGUUUCGCCUACAACUCUCACUCAACGUCCCGGCAGAAUUUCGACGGUUUGUCCUUGUUUUCUUUCGUCUGAUAGUAAAUAUAGUUCGGCCGCUUCGGCGUGUAGAGGCGCAAAACAAAAAUAUCGAUGUUUACGGGGUUCUUACAGAGAUAUCGCUGUGGUGGAGGAAGUAGGCAGGCCUUGCCUCCCCACGCAGCUGUGGUUUCUUUCGUGCUGUAUGAUAGAAGGGGGUAAGUUUAAAUUGAGCCUAGUAAUUUUGAAGGCAAUACAUAAGCAUAGCAAAAUGUACAUGGAGUCGUAUCUUCGUAGUAGAUGAAUGCAGGCGGCAUUCGCAUUUUUCCAGUGAAUGCAGGCGGGAUUCAGAUAAAUUUUUGCUCUUCUACAAUUCCUGCCCUUCUUCUGUCCGGAGUUUCCGUGAUGGAGCUCCCCCCAUCAUGGUGACUCGAGACAUUAUGUAUCUAUCGGUCUCAUCGAGACGAGUCUUUGCCUGCUUUUGUUUUGAAAAAUGUUGGCACAUGUUGCGCAUGCAAGAACACACGAUGACCUGUAAUCGCCUGGAGAAGGAGAACCAAAGGAGGGGCUUGCAGAUGCUGGGUGGACGAAGUACGAUCUUGAUGUUGCUAGCGCGCUACCCAUGACGAAGCACCGACCCAUACAUGCAGUGCGGCAAGAACAUUCAAAUAGAGGAGUCGUCUCUAAGACUGAACCGC